GCGUGCCACCCUUCUUCGACGCUUCUUGCUCGUUGUGUGUUCAAUGUUUCAUCGCGACCGAGCACACACAGCGGCUGUACUUCCGACCUAUAUCGGUUAUUAAAAACAGUUAGCCGAACUCUGUAAACAUGUAUCUAAUAUAUUUUGUCUUGUUUUGAAGUUUAUCCGUUUAUACUUCCUAAAAGCUAGUAGGCCACUAGAGCCCGUUAGCUGAAUCAGAGGGGCUAGCCUACUGUGUACAGCUGAUGACGACUAACACUGUAUGUAAAAACAGUCAUGCUAAUAAAUUACUGAACCGGAUUGGAUUGACUUGACAGAUGUCUCUCCAGACAUGGAGUCCACCUCAGUGUAUAUGUGUUUUCCCUGUUAUCGGGAGUUUCCUACACUGGAGGAAGUGCUGGCUCAUCAGGUGAACUGCAAUGCAGAGAAUCCUCAUUUAGUGACCAAUGAGACGCCUGUUGAGGCGGCGGCCGCAGCAGCUGGCCUUCCACAGGUGGCAAUGCAGUCUGUUCCACAGAUGCAGACACAGACUGUGGAUUUGUCUGCUUUGCUAGGACAGAAGAAAACUUCUCAAACUGAUGCUCCACGUGUGCUGUACCAGUGUGCUGACUGCGAAGUUCUCUUCGAUGCUCUAUCACUGUGGCAACAACAUCGAAAGACGGGCUGUUACCUUGAGACGGGUCCUGGCCCUGGAGAAGGCCGGGGAACAGUAGCCAUGUCAGAACAUCAGGAGACUGUGCAAGAACAGCCUGCAGGUGGACAGACGGCGGUCAAAGAACAGAAGGAACAUCCUAAAGUAAAGAUGGAGAGCAUUUCUCCACAGAAUGAGCCAAUAGAAGAGGAUUCUGAAAGAGAAGUGGAGCCUGAGAUCUCCAGGGAGGACUUACCAAAAAACACUGAGCUCAUGGAACCUGUAGAGACACCGGUACCUCAAGGUAGUACAUCUCCUGAAGAACAAAGCCCCCCUUCGAGGCGCAGGCGGCAAAAGAAGGAAAAGCCCCCAUCAACCCUGCUCUGCGUGGAGUGCGGGCAGAGCUUCGGCCAGGUUUCAGAGCUCGUGACUCACCGUAGGGUUCAACAUAGCCUCAAAGAUGCCAUCCAUCGCUGCACAGUGUGCGGGGAGGGCUUCAUCAACACCACACUUUUCCUCUAUCAUCGCAGACAACACCGCACAAGGGUGGAAAAUCAACCUGUGCAAGUUCAAUCUGCCAUCUCACAGCUCUCCACAGCCAUCAUGGAGGCCCCAGGUGAAGGACUGUUACUUUUAGCUACGGCAGGGGAAGGCCAGAGUCUGAUGGAGGUGACCACUCUGGAACAGACUGUAACCGAGACCCCUGUAGGACAUAUGGAGGUAGAGCUUGACAGUGUGGAUAGAGGACAGGAAGUUCAUCAACCUCCAAUGGAAAGUACAGAAAGAGAGGAGAUUAGCGAGGUCCUGGUGGAUAAGAUUGUGGAGAUGGUGGAAGAGGGCGCUGGAGUAAAUGAGGUAGAAGGAAUGGAGGUGGUCACUGUUAGAGUUUCCGAAAAACACGGAGGAGAGGUGGCGAUGGAAAAUAGGGUAGAGUCGGAGAAAGCAGUGUUUGAAGAAAAUCAGGGAAAGGUAGACAGUAACACAACAGAGGAACCUGCGCCAGCCUCCUCCACGGGCACUGAAGGACAGAAGUUCCUCUGUAAUCAGUGUGGAGCCUCAUUCACCGAUGAAAAAGAGUUGGCAAAGCACCGCAGUACUGAGCAUGGCCUGAUGGCGGCGUUGCACACCUGCACAGAGUGUGGGGCUGAGUUCAUGAGCACCACACAGUUCCUGUACCAUCGCCGUGAGCAUCGUAUGAACCCACUUGCAGGACAAAGACUCUCUGCUGAAGGAAAUUGCAGGAUCUACACUACUUCAGCUGUCGGCACAAAAUGCUGCGAUAGCGUUCUCAGACAACCAGCAGGCGCAGCCAUCGAGGCCCCCGCCCAGCUGAGCCGGGACUGGUCGCGCACCGCUGUGCCCCACGAGUGCCCCCAUUGUGGGAAGGGCUUCACACGCCGCAGCCUGUUGCGUGAGCAUGUGUUUCAACAUACUGGAAAGAAACUCUUCAGUUGCAAAUUCUGCACAAAGAGCUUCCCAUCUCCUUCCAGUCUGCUGCGUCACAACCUGACACAUGGAGCAUCCCGCCUGCACAACUGUCAUGUCUGUGAUAAGAGGUUCUUCCAGGCUACCUCUCUCAAACGUCAUGUGCUGGUUCACCAGUUUGGAGCCCAGGAUCAAAGGGUCAGAAGCAGGAGAAAAGGGAGGCUGUCUUUGAGCGGUGGGCAUCUGCAUACCUGUCCUGAGUGCCCGGCCACCUUCAAGUCGGAGUCCCAACUGCUGAGUCACAGGCUUCUACACACCAGCCAUCCCUUUCCGUGCAAAGCGUGUGGGGAGGCAUUUAAACGCCGCAAGGAGCUGGACCUCCAUUAUCUCAUCCAUGAAGAUAAAGAACCAAAGACGUGUCCCAACUGCAGCGCUCAGUUCCUGAAUCAGACAGUGCUGGAAACGCACCUGCAGCGCUGCACAGGGGAGGCCGGGGUGCGCCGCAGGUACAAAGGUCAAGGACGAGGGAAGGUGGGGGGUCAGCUGGAGUGUGAUAUGUGCGGCCACCGCUGCGUCACUCAGGACGGUCUUGACCUGCACCGGCUCUCCCACACUGGUCAGACGCCUCUGCGGUGCCCGCUCACACCCUGCAGACGACGCUUCGCCUCCAGCUCUGCAUUGGGGGAACACCUCGUGGCGCACUGCCGUGGGGCGUUGGGCAAAAAAAGCGCUCCACGCCGAUUCACCUGCGAGUUCUGUGGGAAGGAGUUUGCCUACGCGUCCACAUUCUCCGUUCACUUAAGAACGCACACCAAUGAACGACCCUUUGAGUGCAGUCACUGUGGGAAGCGUUUCCGGCAACUUCCCCACCUGCAGGACCACGAGCGCAUCCAUAGUGGCGAGCGACCAUUCUCAUGCUGGGUGUGCGGUAAAAGCUUCAGUGUGGCAGCGAGGCUCACAGAGCACGCCCGCGUGCAUAGCGGUGAGCGACCAUAUGCCUGCCCUCGCUGUCCCACUGCCUUCCGUUCGCGACCCAACCUCGACAAGCACAUGCGUCUCCAUGCCAACGACCCAGUUGACCCCAACGCACCAAAUGCAUUGGAUGAUGAUACAGCCGUUCAAACCAUCCUCUUAGUACAAGAGUCGUCCUCUUCCUCACCGCCCUCUUCCUCAUCCGGGGUGCCUGUGGUCCAGGAGGGCAUGUUGGUGUCAGAAGAAGGCGGCUCAUCUGUGGUUUUUCUUCACCCUAACAUCAGUGUGCCAGGCUUCUCUAUGCCCUCUCUAACUGUUCCAAACAUCUCUGUAGUGGCAGGUCAAGAUGUUCCUCACACAAUUGAAGUUAUCUUAGAGGAGACUGUGUAAUGAAAGAAAUGGGGGGGGGGGG